AAGAAACUCAGCUCAGAGUGAAGGGAGGAUCGAGAAGGACAGGUCACAGAGAAGCGUUUCAUUGGAACCUCAUGAACCUCAGAGAAAGAUCCACUCUGCCCCGCGGCCCCGCCCUGCCGCUCCCGCCCGUGACCUAAACUGCUAAGGCGGGGUGCUGUCCCGCAGGAGCGCGGCCCACAGAACUCAAUCACAGCCAAUCACAGCGAGGUCCUUAGAGAGGGGCGUGGCUCGACAACUUCAGCUCCCGACUGGACCAAUCCCGACCCCGGAGGCCAGAGCUGUUUCUACCUGGGCCCAGGUGCGGUCCGCUCUGCAUCUCCCGGUGGCUCGAGUUCAGGAUGGACUGUACGCAGGAGGCCUCGGGAGGAGGCCAAGCCGAGGCUGGCUUCCCAAAGGAGCCCUUGGAAAGCCAGAUCCCCGGGCCAGCUCAGCCGCACGUCCCCGCGGAGGCGCAACAGCCUGAGAGUCCCGAAAGCAGCCCGAGCCUGGCCCGGGUCGUGAAGGAGGCAGCGGGCGCGGGCCCGGACCUUCCAGAUGAGAAGAAGCUGCCUCCCCCUCGCCCCGGGCUCCUGAGGGUACCGCCACUCAGCCUGGGUUACGGGGCCUUCCGCCGCCUGGGGUCAGCCAGCCGCGAGCCGCCGUCGCCUGGCCCCUCCUCGGCCGAAGAGCCCCGGGAGGGCGAAGCAACUGGAUGCGAGUUGGUGCCCUGGUCCACCCCUGGUGAGCAAGCGCCCGGCCCUUGGGCGCCCAUGGAACUGCAGGUGGACGUGCGCGUGAAGCCCGUGGGCGCGGCCACCGGCAGUCGCGCGCCCUCGCCCGCGCCCUCCACGCGCUUCCUCACGGUGCCGGUACCGGAGUCCCCGGCCUUCUCCCGCCGCUCUUGCACCCUGCAGCGAGCUCCGUCUCCGGGCGUCACCUUAGGCCGCUGCUCGCCGCUGGCUGCUACCCAGACCGAGCGUGACCACCACGUGGAGCGCCAGGACAGCCAGGCCGAAGGGCGCCCGGGCUCUCCAACGUGUCGCUGCCGCUGCCAGGAGCAAGGACUGGGAAAGGAGGACGCGGCGCUGCUGCAGCGUGCUGGGAUGGACGGUAAAAAACUACCCCGGGCGAUCACACUCAUAGGGCUGCCCAUGUACAUGAAAUCUCUGCGCUGGGCCCUGGCAGUCAUGGCUGUGCUCCUGGCAGUCUCCACGGUGACCAUUGUGGCCUUGGCCUCUAGAGCAGGAGCCAGGUGCCGGCCAUGCCCUCAGGACUGGAUAUGGUCCAGGGAGCACUGUUACUACCUCUCUUCAGAAGCACAGGACUGGGAGGCCAGCCAGGCGUUCUGCUUGGCCCACCAUGCUACCCUGCCCCUGCUGAGCCACACCCAGGACUUCCUGAGCAGACACCAGAUCACCAAACGCUCCUGGGUGGGGGCCCGGCGAGGCCCCCAGGGCUGGCACUGGACCGAUGGGGCCCCCUUGCCAACCCAGCUACUUCCAGAGGAGGGUGGGGACAACCCAGAUCUCAGUUGCGGGGUCCUGGAGGAAGGCCGGCUCCUGGCUCUAGACUGCAGCUCUCCCAGACCCUGGAUCUGUGCCAAGGAGACCAAGUGAUUUGGGUUUCACCUUGCCCAGCCUGUUGGGGGCCAAGCUUCAUCCUACCACCCACUCUUCCAGACCCAGAGGAAGGAGCCAAUCAACAACCACAGAUGAUUCCAGUCUGGGUUCCCUCUUGAUCCCAC